GCAACUUAAUCGCCAGCCUUUCACUUUAUUAUAUCGUCAUAUCUCAUCCUGCAGACAAGACUUCCCGGUUUCUUUGACAACCAAUUAAAAUACAUAUUGCUGUUUCUGUCCAAACAAAGUCGCAUUUGGGCUCCUGCAGCUGUCCGCCAUCAACUGAUGCCUAUACCCACCUCUUCAACUCUCCUCAGUUCUGGGUCACCGGUCCUCCCUCUUUACACCAUCUGGCUCAUACCCUUAUCUGAACACAGAUAGGUUUCAUGAAAUCCAUCUAUGUUUAAAUCCAUUCCCCCUCUUCGACAGCACACCUUUCCGCGUAUUCCGCUCUAAUUCAACAUGGACGGGUCGGAUGUCUUUAUGACUGAUCUUCCACAUGGUCUUACAGAAGCCGGACUCCGAACUCAAUUAGAUCCCAUCAUCACUCGAAAAUUGAAGAUAACGGAUUGGACUUGUAGGAAGACCCGCGGGAAAAAUUUCGGUAUCGUCACUUUCCUCUAUCGACAGGACGGCGAAAAAUUCCUGCAGACUCAUGGGGAGAUCACCAUUAGGAGCAAUGGCAGGGCACGAACACGGCCUCAAUUGACCUUGCUAGGUAACGGUGUCAGAUGUAGAAAAAGCAAGAAUGAUCCAGAUCCAUUUCUGCUCAAGUGCAUUCAAAAGACAGUCGAGGACCGAAGACUAGAGGAAGAACAACAGACUUCUACGGAUGAUAGGAAGAUCAUCUUCGAAGUCCGUGGCCUUUCUUGUGGCCAUUAUGAAUAUCCUGAUGGCAUCUUCACCUACACCGCAGAUAUGCAGUGGAAUUCUAAAGGCACGGCCAAAUUUGCCAGGGACACCAUUAUCAUGACGUUCGAUGGCUUCCCUAUUGGUUCCACUAGGGUCGAAAUUCCGUAUCGUACUAUCCACGAAGUAAUUGUAGAUGGGCAGCCGACGUCCCUGACAUUGACGCUCUGGGAAGCUCCUAGGUUCUUUCAAACCACUGGCACUGGGAGCUCGAUGGCUCAAGAUCUUGGUUCUCUUAUGAGUGGAUUAAGUGUUUCUCCAUCGGUUGUAGGUGCGAGCAAAGUCACGAGAGUCCGAUUGAGUCAGCUACCACACUCGAGUGGAAAGCAUGGAGAGAUUCUAGGGCAGUCUCUUGUUUAUCGCAUUGAUGUAUCACCAACCAACUUCAACACCAAAUAUCAUCAACUGAAAGCGAAAGAGAAACUUACUGUUUCGCUCCACGGCUUCCCUAACUUCUUGUUGGGCCGAACCUAUAUGACUGAUGGGAGAAGGACCUUACGAGAGCUACUUAACGAUUGUAACUCUACCUCUAUUGUCCCUUUCGACGUCCUUUUCCAAUUCCAAGCCCUUGCUCAGAAUGGCUACUUGCUACCCCAAACGGUUGAAGUCUUACUCAGGCGCCUUUGUCGAGUAGUCCGGGCGGAGUCUUCGAAUGGCAAGACUAACGGAUCGAAUGGAGCCAAUGGAGUCAAUGGGACCAAGAAGAACCCGUUCCCCUUCUCUGCAGAUGCAGUCAAGAAGCUCUUCUCUCAGAUAGGAUUCCCGGGUCCUGAUAUUGAAGCGAGAGACUUCAGCCCGGAUGACAUUUGGUCCUACCUCGAAGCUAAUGAGAAGGAAGUCCGUAUGGGUAUUGCUAAAGACUUGAUAUCUGAGAGAGCACGCGAAAACCUCGUGAUGGUCUACAAAGUACAGGUCACGCCCACUCGAACAACCCUUCUGGGACCCGAGUCCGAGGCGAAGAAUCGAAUCCUUAGAAAAUUCCCCCAUCAUACCGGGCAUUUCGCCCGUGUUCAAUUCUGCGAAGAGGACGGCCAAGAUCUGUUCUUCAAUGCUAAGGUAUCGCUUGACAAAAUCUGGGAUCGAUUUAAGGCUGUACUUCUACAAGGAAUCCAAAUCGCUGGUCGGAGAUACAAGUUCUUGGGAUUCUCUCACUCUUCUCUUCGAGCUCACUGCGUAUGGUUCAUGGCUCCGUUCAUCGACCAUAACUCGAGUAUGCAGACCUACUUCUCUGUGAUUGCUGAUCUUGGAAAAUUUGACAAGAUAUUCUCUCCAUCAAGAUGUGCUGCUCGUAUUGGCCAGGCGUUUUCCGAGACACCAUUCUCCAUCGACCUAAAAGAAAUAGGAGCUGAAGUUGAAUACAUCAAUGACGUCAAGUCCAAAGACGGGAGCCGAGUUUUUAGCGAUGGUGUGGGAACACUCUCGAGACAGUUAAUGGAAGCAAUCCACUCUUUCCUGCCGCAGAACCGUGAGACUACAACCUGCUUUCAGAUAAGAUGGGGUGGUGCAAAGGGGAUGAUUGCUUUGGAUGAUACCCUAGACGGGAUGGUCAUGCGUAUUAGACCGGAAAGUAUGGUCAAAUUCGAAAGCGAUGAUAUACGAUACCUGGAAAUUUGCGAUAUGGGAAAUAAACCCAUUCCGCUUGUCCUUAAUCGCCAGAUGAUCAAAAUUUUAGAAGAUAUGGGCGUUGCAGCUGAUUGGUUCUUCCGCGUACAGAAUCGAGAAAUCAAGAGAUUGCGUGCGAUCACUGCUUCUGUUCACAACACCAUGGCAUUUCUCAAAAGACAGAAAGUUGCCGAGCAAAUCAACUUCUCCAAGCUCCUUCGUCGCCUUGAUAAGUUAGGGAUCGACUAUAAGCAAGAUCCAUUUCUGUGCUCAGUGGUGGAAACCGUCGUCUUAAGGGAAGUGCGUCUCUUAAAGCACAAAGCUCGAAUCCCAGUCGAGAAAGGUGUCACCUUGUUCGGCAUCAUGGACGAGUUUGGGUUUUUGGAAGAGGAUGAAAUCUACUUCACGUUCGACAAAAAGAAGCUAAAGCUUCACGGAAAGUACGACGAAGAUGAAAUAUAUGACCAAUUGGUUAUUAUAACAAGAUCUCCUGCUCUUCAUCCUGGUGAUAUUCAGAUCCGACGGGCAGUGAGACCUCCGCCAGACCACCCCCUUCGUUCACUAUCCAACUGUGUUGUGUUCAGCCAAAAGGGACAAAGAGACCUUCCAAGCGAACUCAGCGGCGGGGAUCUCGAUGGUGAUAUUUACAAUAUCAUAUGGGAUUUAGACGCAGUUGAUUCGGCAACACGGGAGUUCCCACCGGCUGACUAUCCUCGAGUCAGUCCCAAGAAUAUUGGCCGUCCGGUUAAACUGGAUGAUAUGACAGAGUUCUUUGUUGAGUUCAUGGCUACUGAUCAAUUAGGUGUGAUCGCUACAAAGCAUAUAAUCCUUGCUGAUAGAAAAGACGCUGGGUCUGUCGACGAUGAAUGUAAGCUCCUUGCCGAGAUGCAUUCUACUGGUGUCGAUUAUAGCAAGUCUGGUAUUCCGAUGGAUCUCAAUAAACUGAGAGGUCUCACGACAACGCACCUUCGUCCAGAUUUCUUAGCACCGGCCCCUCCGGCGAAUCUCUUAGACCAUAACGAGAUCGCCUUUGAAAGUUUGAAAGCACCUUUACCCGACGAUGAGGACGAGGAGAGUGGCCCAAAUCACAGAUACUACAAAUCGAUUAAGAUUCUUGGCCAGCUAUACCAAGCCAUUGACGAGAAGAAGAUAUGGCGAAAUGAUAUUCAUCGAAAUGUACACCGCUAUGGAGAGUCUGUGUGGGAUCAAGUGUUAGAAUAUAUCGGGGAGAAAUAUUGGGAACUAGGAGGGCCUGGUUGGAAAUCAGCCCUUGAGGAAGCUGAUAACAUUCGACAAGCCUAUGACGACGCGAUUUGGAGCGCGACAAUGGACUAUUCCGACAACUUCACCAAAGGCCUUUCGGAACUUGAAGUGUUCACCGGAUGUAUCUUCAACAAAUCCGGUAUUCAAACUCGACGGCAACGAGACAGGUCAGUCCGUCUUAAGGAUGAAUUCAACCGAAUCGCAAAAUGGGUUGAGACCUUGAUCCGAAAGAAGGGGGUAAAGCCGCGAGACGAUGACGAUGAUGAUAGCGAUUCUGAAGAUCGAAAUGACCCUGACCCGUCCAAUCGUACAUCGAAUGGUGCAUCCCUUAACUCCAGCAUUUCAGGGCUCGAGUUAAGUAUUGCCUGUCUCCAAGCUAGUAUCACCAAGUCAACUGAGUAUGCCAGAGGCAGUGGGAAGUUUCAAAGUUUCAAAGUCAUCGCUGCGCAAUGUGCAUUGAGUGAACUAGAGAUUGCCCUCAUGCAGAAAGAAUAUGCUGCAGGUGCGGCUUUCGCUUCGAUUUACACGCGUAUAUGAUGUUACGGUGACGGUAUUUAGCUGAUGAUUUCCCCUCGAAUCGAUAUCUACCUGGCUUCCAGGUGAACGAUGUCAUAGGGGGGAUAUGUACUAAGGCGUUUCCGAAAUAUCAUCAGAGACGUGGUCAGAUAUACGUUUAUGACAUAUUUUCAUGAUGUGUUGCUUCUCAUGGUAUUUUUACGGAUGUGGAGAUCGGGUCUCGAUCC